GCGUAACUACCUAACUUGAUGCACGACCGUCAUCAUGACCCCUCCUCCAGACGAAAAACUUGAAGAACUCGAGCCUGCACUGCCGAAAGAAUUCGAAGAUGAGUACUCGGACUCAGAAGAAGUUGAACAUGCGCCGCUGAGUCGUGGUCAAAAGAGAAGUUCACGGACGAAGACUAGGCUUAUCGUUUUCCUGACUUCGGUGUUAUGUCUUUGGUUAUGGAUGGUUGGAAAGCGGAAGGUGGAUGAGAUGUCCAGUGGAAUUCCGCAUGAGGAGUUUGACAUUAGUUGGCCGUUUGUUGUUUCGGACUUGGAUAAUGAGGCAGAGGCAGAGGAGGUUCAGUUGCCGCACCAUCCUCAUAAACGACCUCGUAUACUUAAUGGGAAACCUGCUGAAAAGAUAUUCUUGGACGUACCUAACAAUGUCAGCGCCAUCGAGACAUCCCGUCGUUUCGCAGGGAAGCCGCACAUGGCGGGCACGCAGGGAGACUACGACACCGCCAUCGACUUCCUACACCUCUUACAAACCGAGCUAGGCAUUCCAAGUACCUCCACAGACCCCGUAUUCAAAGCAGGUUCUCCCGAAUCUCGUAACGCAACUCUCAGUAUUGCAAAACAGAACUCACCCUCAGCAUGGGUCGACACGUAUUUCCCCAUACUCAACUCACCAGUGAACCAUAGUCUUGAGAUCCUUGAAGACGACGGCAAGACGGUGUGGACGGCACAACUGGAGGAGAUUGCAGAGGACGAGCUUGAUCCCGACGCGGGGAAGUAUGCGGAAGCGGUACCUGCGUUCCAUGGAUUGAGUCGUGGAGGUGAAGUACAGGGAAAGCUUGUUUAUGUAAAUUAUGGGAGGAAGGAGGAUUAUGAUGCUCUUGAGGACGCAGGUGUCAACUUCAACGGUACCAUCGUCCUUGCUCGGUACGGAGGUGUCUUCCGUGGGCUUAAGGUCAAGGGUGCCCAAGAGCGUGGAGCUGUUGGAUGUCUGAUUUACUCGGAUCCGCGGGAUGACGGAAGUGUUCGUUAUCAUAAUGGUUAUGCAGCGUAUCCUCUCGGACCAGCGAGGAACCCUACCUCAGUCCAACGAGGCUCUGUCCAGUUCAUCUCUCUGUAUCCUGGUGAUCCUACUACACCCGGUUAUCCGUCAUAUGAGAACAGCACACGUACAAAUGGAGAGAACAUCCCGAAAAUUCCUAGUCUACCUCUGUCGUGGAACACAGCUUCACGGCUUUUACAAGAAAUUGAGACUGGUGGAAGAAAUAGAGUGAUUAAGCUCGUAAACAAUGUGGACGUUAAGGUUACGCCCAUUUGGAAUACGAUGGCUGUUAUUCCGGGACAUAUUAAGGAUGAAGUAGUCGUAGUUGGAAAUCAUCGUGAUGCUUGGGUACUGGGUGCAACCGAUCCAACCUCAGGAACUGUCUCCACCUACGAGGUGAUUCGAGGACUCGGUGUCCUGUUGAAGAAAGGCUGGAAGCCGCUGAGGACUAUUGUAAUUGCCAGUUGGGAUGCGGAAGAGUAUGGUCUAAUUGGAAGUACAGAGUGGGGAGAGGACUUCCCCGAGUGGAUUGACAACAACGUAGUCGCAUAUUUGAAUCUCGACUCAUCUGUUAGUGGAUCCCGCUUCCGCCUCUCUGCUUCACCUUCACUCGCACAUCUCGUGAGCGGCGCUGCGAAGGACAUCCCUCAUCCAACCAUUCCGGGGAAGACCCUUUGGCAAGCCCGGUUUGACUCUGGACCUUUACAUGGUGCGGUUGACGAGGAAGCGUUGUGUGUCUGGGAAGAACAAUGGGGCGAACCGUUGAUCGAACCCGAAGACCUCGAUGACUCCGACUCCCUAAGAAUUGCCGUUAAGGGCGGCUCGAAGGCCAAUGCAGAUGGCGUCCCAGUUCGCAGCGAAUCAACGAGCGUUGGUGCGUUAGGUUCUGGUAGCGAUUAUACGGUCUUCCUGCAGCGAAUUGGCGUAGCUAGUACGAAUGGUGGAUUUGGAUCCACACUGUCGGAUCCUGUGUAUCAUUAUCACUCUGUGUUUGAUUCGGAGACGUGGCAGGAACGAUAUGGAGAUCCUGGAUUCCAUCGUCAUGUCGCUGUUGCGAAGCAUCUUGGCUUGCAGCUCCUCCGGCUUGCAGAUGCCGUCGUCCUUCCCGUUAACACCACUCACUACGCGUACGAACUGGAUCUCUAUCUCAACAAAGUCGAGGAAAUAGCACAACAAAAGGGCCUAACCACCGACUUCUCAGAACUUCGCUCCAGCGUCUCAAAACUCCAAAAAGCAAGCGUAUCACUGGACGAAGAGAAAGCUUCCGCUGAGAAACACCUCAAAAGACUUCUCAAAAAGUGGUGGCGCAGACAUCACGGACACGGAAAAUCAUGGGGUCGUAAAGCACAUAAAGUGUUGAAGAAGAUUUGUUCGUGGUUUGGUUUGGGUGAUAAAUGUACACGUAAAACGAUGAUGGAUGGAGGAAUGUUCGGACUUGACAGAGACCAGCCGAAGGACUUAGGUGCGAGUCAUAGAUUGAAGCCUCGUGUUGGUCGGUUCCCUGCUUGGGUCAAGGAACGGGAAGAGGAGAAGCGGCAUGCACAUCAUCAUCACCACGCACACGCUCAUCACCAUCAUCACCACCAUCAUGGCCAUCACGUUCAUGGAGGUUGGAAACUAGCCAAGAAGCUCUUCAAAGCAGUCAGACGCAUCCAAGCAUCCAACGCGAAACUCGUAACCUUCGAAAGAGGGUUUAUUAGCGAAGAGGGUAUCAAGGAUCGGGAGUGGUUUAGGCAUUUGGGCGUUGCUCCUGGAAAGUGGUUAGGUUAUGGAGCGACGACUUUCCCAGGCUUGACAGAGGCCCUAACGUUUGACAAUAAUGCUACGCUUGCACAGGAGGAGGCGAAGAGGUUGCAGGCUCUUAUUGAUGCCUUAGCGAAAGACUUGAAAGUUUGAUGUCCUUUUACUAUUUCUCUGAGUGGAGUACAGAUCUCUGUACAAUAGUUAUGGGUGGAUAUGUCUAUGGUCCAAUAAACGAACCCCCUGUUUUAGCCAUCUUUUCGUCCAUUAGCUUUCCACAGGCACAAGUCUAGAAUAUGUGAAUAAUUAAGCACUUAAGAUUCACACAUCCAAA